CCCGUCAAGCAGCCUUCACCCGGUUUCAAAAUCAGACCCAGAGACGCUCCUCGCAUCAUCUUCUUCCUCUUGCCCUGUCUUUAAUCUCGACCUGCUCUUCUCUCUCUCUCUCUCUGCCUGUGCGAUGUCGAAGAUGAGGAUGGAUGGCAAGCCUCCACUCCCCAGGUCUCCGAUCAGGCUCCGGUCACGCCAUGUCAUGCGCUCGAACUCCAGCACCCUGAAGUCCGUGCAGACUCCUCCAGGCUCGUUGACAAAAUCGGAGAAGCUGACCGGAACAUGGGACAUCCAAGAAAUGGAGCUUCGACCCGAAUACCGCUCCAUCUCCUGCGAGUUCCAGUCCUUGGCGAAGAUGGUCCAGGAUGAGCUCAGAGACGCCAAACCCUCAAUCGCCGGGCUCACCUGCUUGGGAUCAGCCUCUGUGUUCGAGAGGGGAAGGUUCUAUGAUGAGUACUCUGCUAGGAGAAACGAGAGGCUGAAGAGGAAGAAGGGCGAAGAACUCGGGGAGACCAAGAAGACUGCCUAUGACUUGGGAGUCACUGUGGAAUCAUCCAAGAGGCGGGACUCAAAGAAACUCGACUGCCUGAGGAAGUCCAUGGCUGUGGCUUACUCUGCUGAGAGGAACAGCCAGACCCCGAGAUACAUGCUGAGGAGCAGCACCAAGGAGAACAAGAAACCACCUGUGCCAGUUACAUCGAGCUCUGUGAAGUCAGCCUUCGGGAGCGAACGGAAGCUCGGGACAAGGAGAACCAGGAAAAUCUGAGAAGUUCUCCGAGUAUUAGAUUCAGGAUUUGGGUUGUUUGGCUAUUGAAGUCCUAAGGUCUCUACACUUUAUUUGUUCACUGUUGGUGUCCAGAUGCACAUUGGUAUAGAUGUUGAGCAAAUUGGCUGAAGGAGAACAUUCAGUCCCUUUCUUUUGGACAGUUUCAGAUAUCCGAAUUCUUUGAUUA